GGUUCUAUUUAGCUCCAAUUUAAAUUACACUGAGCUUCUGCUAUACUUUAUUAUAUCUUGUUGUUUUUAUUGAUUAUACUUGUCUUCUUGGUCUGGAAAUUCACUACUUUGCUUUCAUGAAACACUCGGCUUCAACCUUUUCAAGUGUGAUAAAUCUUCUAAACACUAUUGUUGGUAGUGGUCUAUUGGCCAUGCCAUUUGCUAUAAAGCAAAAUGGUAUAUUAUUGGGUGUGUUGAUAAUAUUGUUUUCUGCAUUCACUGCUUCCUUUGGGCUCUAUUUACAAGGCAAAUGUUCCUUGAUUUGUUUUGAUAAUGGCCAUAACACUUCCUCUUUUUUCACGUUGUCUCAAUUCACAUAUCCUUCAUUGUCCAUUUUUUUUGAUCUCGCUAUAGCUGUCAAAUGUUUAGGUGUUGGAACGAGUUAUCUUAUUAUAAUUGGUGAUUUAAUGCCCAAAAUUUCUCAGGAUUUGCUAACCGAACAAUUCUUGGACACAUAUCCCUUUUUGGUGGACAGAAAAUUUUGGAUAUCGGUUUUCAUGAUAGCUAUCAUUAUUCCUUUGUCGUUUUUAAGAAGUUUGGAUUCUCUCAAGUAUUCUUCAAUGGUUGCUUUAUUGUCUAUAGCAUACUUGGCUAUACUAGUUUUACUUCAUUUUUUUAGAAAUGAUUUGGAUGGUAGCUUGAAAGGCGACAUAUCAAUCAUUAAACCAAAGGGUUUCACUUCGACUUUAUCAAGUUUUCCAAUUGUUGUGUUUGCCUAUACAUGUCAUCAAAACAUGUUUUCAAUCAUAAACGAAUUACCCUCAAAGAAAAUGUCCAUAAUUACAAGAAUAAUAGCAAUCUCAAUUGGUAUUGCAAUGCUGUUAUACAUUUCUGUGGGUUUAACUGGUUACUUAACAUUUGGCGAUUUAGUUUCUGGUAAUAUCAUAGUGAUGUAUCCCAAAUCAAUUUCAACAACGUUUGGAAGAUUUGCAAUUGUUAUUCUAGUCAUGUUAUCUUAUCCAUUACAAUGUCAUCCAUGCAGAAUGUCAACUAAUCAUAUCUUACAUUAUAUUCAAACAAGAAAAAUUGAAUAUAAUUCCUUAACAAGAUCAACUUCUUUUGCUUCUUCAGUUUUCAGCAAAUUUAAUCAAAAAUUCAGAACAUACUCAACGUUUUCAUUUAAUGGGAAUAACACCAACAAUAACACUGGCACCGCUAAUAAUAUUCCUGGAAGCUUGGCCACUUAUAGGGAGACAUUGUUGUCUCAAAGACACCAACCUUUUUAUAAUCCAAUGAAUGAAUCUGCUGUAUCUGACGAUGCUUCAUCUCAAUUCACCGAUAAUUCAUCUGGUAUAUUUAUUCGUGCUGGUUCUCAUUCUCAUCUGAUUUAUAAUAAUUUUACAGCAAAUUAUAAUAGCAUAAAUCCAAGUGGAAAUGGAAAUGAUAACGAUACUGCUAGUAAUAUUGCUGCUCCCUCAAUCCACAGUUUAAACCCUCCACAAAAUAAUGUUACUAUUAGUUUGCCAACAAGAAAAUUUGUUAUUAUAACCACCUCAAUUUUAAUUGUUUCAUUUAUAAUUUCCAUAUCUGUUACAUCAUUAGAAAAAGUCCUAGCAUUUGUUGGUUCAACUGGCUCAACAACAAUUUCCUUUAUAUUGCCUGGAAUUUUCGGCUUUAAAUUAAUUGGAAAUAAACAAUUUUUGAAUACAACAGACAACGAUAUCAAUCAAAAUAUUAUAAUUAAUGAUAAGCAAUCUAAAAAAGAUCAAAUAAUUAAAUAUGCUGCAUUAUUUUUAUCCAUUUGGGGUAUAAUUGUGAUGAUAGUUUGUCUAACAUCUUUGAUAUUCUUAAAAAAAUAAACUAUGUAGUGUUUAUAUAUACAAUGCAUUAAAUUUAAAAUUUAAUAUAAGAGUUCUUCCUUAUUUUUACUGUGCUAUUUUUUUUUUAUAU